AUGGACCGCCAACCAAUUCGUGAUCGAACGCUGAUCCUCCGCAUUCUGGUUCCCGGUUUGGAGACUGCACUACGAGACAAGAUGAAAGAAGUCGAAGAGGAAGCCAAGGAUAAGCCACCUGCAGCUAAAAACAAAGACGGCGCCACAAUAUUGGACCUGGAAGGAGUCGCCUGCGAACCCACCAAGGAUGCAUCCACCCUCUUUAAUUUCAUUUGCGAUGGUCGAACUUAUCCAGCGCGACUGGUAAAUCUGCCCUGUCCAAUUGAAUUGCACAAGACACACGAUCACGCCAUGUACUACAAGUCUUGUGAUGUUGCUCAAAUGUUGAUUGUCUACGAAGACAGCAUGGCAUUAGACGAAGGGGAUGCUUACAAAGUGGAAGGUUUUCCCAGUUAUUACCAUUCAGGAUUGACGCCGCCAAUGAAGAGGGUUGUGGAAAAGCGAUUUAAGAAGAAUGAACGAACUCUAAUACCUCCUCCGCGAUUGGAAGUGAGUGAUGUAGAGGCAGAUUUGCUCGAAAUAAUGUCCAAAGCUUCCAAGGAAGGUGUCAAACGCAACAAAGUUCCGUCGCUAGCAUCAGCCACACACAACAAGGUCCUGGAAGAAGUUGUAGAAGAGAUUGUAGAUUUUGAAACAUGGAUGACGGACGGUGGAGGGGAAGUAUCGGGAAUCGAGAUUGAAUCCACAGACCCAAUUGCCAUCAAACACCCAGAGCUCUGGUUGUCACCAGACAAGAUUGAAGAAAUCAAUCGCAAACAACGAGAGUUGGACAAGGAAAAGGAACGAAAGAAGGAUGUAGCACAAGCCAAGAAGGAGAAGAAAAAGAAGAAGAAGAAAGACAAGGAGGCUCCUGCUGGUCCUAGCAAGAAGAAGGGGAUUGCUUCCAAGAAGAAUGAACCUCCAGUGGAUCAAAUUGAUCAAAUGGCUUUUAAUAUCAACUUGAUGAACGACGACGCAGCACUGGAAGGAGAUUUGGAAUUUGAAUUAGACUUUGAUAUGAAUGAAGAUAUGGACUUUGGUAUUGAUUAA